GGACUCUUCGCUAUGGGCGCUUGCAGGUCUUGACUCCCGACGUCCUUCACCUCCGUCUACACCGGUGUGCUGGCUCGUCUCUCUGAUAUCUAUUCGUCUGGAGCUUCGCCACAGCACGGAGCCGUAGUACUCCCGAGAUGAAUGUUUGGACCGAACAUCGCAAUCCGGAAGGCCGGACCUACUGGUUCAACACCACCACUAGGGAGAGUGUAUGGGAGAAGCCUGACGACUUGAAGACUCCCUUCGAGAAAGCGCUCAACAACACCAAAUGGAAAGAGUACUUCUCUGGCGGGAGGAAGUACUACUACAACACUGAGACGAAGGAGUCAAAAUGGGAUAUGCCGGAGGAACUCCUGCUGCUCCUGGAAAAAGUCGAGAAGGAGAAAUCGGCCACUCCUACUCCAGCGCCUUCCGGCGCACCUGGCAUGCUUCCCGCGCCUGCCGGCUUCACUCCCAUCGGGCAAGCAGGCGCCCUUGUGCCAGGCAUGGAUCUCUCCGUGGCCCUGCCGACCCAAAAUGGGCUGCCCAUCUCCACCGCUACGACCGGCGCCCUCCCCGCGCGCCCCAACCUCCCGGAAGACCCCGUUAUACCCCACAACGGCUUCGCCACUCUCGAGGAAGGUGAGAAGGCGUUCACGCAUCUGCUCAGGAAGGCGGGCGUGGACGCGAGCUGGACCUGGGACAUGACGAUGCGCACUAUUAUUACCGAUCCGCUGUACAAAGCGCUGAAUACACUGGCUGAGAAAAAGAAUUGCUGGCAGAAGUACGUCGAUGGCUUGAAGGCUAAGGAGCAGGAAGAGCGCGAAGCCCGUCUCGCCAAGCUCCGCCCCGCCCUCCGUAACAUGCUGAAAGGCAACCCGAACGUACACCACUACUCCACCUUUGCCACUGCUGAUCGCCUGUUCGCGAAUCACCCCAUCUGGCAGCAGGCCAAGAUCGCCGAAGAGCGCAAGCUUAUCUUCGAGGAGUACAUCGGGGAGCUGAAGCAACGUGAGAUGCAGGAGCAGCGCGCCGCGCGCUCUCGUGCCAUCUCCACCGUUGUGGCGCUCUUCAAGCAGCUCGACGUGGACGUCCUCACGCGCUGGCGCCAAGCCCACCAGAUGCUCAUCAACUCGGAGGAGUGGAAGUCGAACCCGGAUCUGGCGAACCUCCCCACGCUUGAUAUACUGCUUGCGUUCGAAGACUACAGCCGAGUGCGCGAGAGGGAGUUCGAGGAGCAGAUGCGCAAGCAGCAGCUCGAGAAGACCAGGAAGGAGCGGAAGGCACGGGAGGGAUUCAAGGCCCUCCUCGCCGAGCUCGUUCAGUCAGGCAUCUUAAAGGCACGUACCAAGUGGAAGCAAAUCUAUCCCUCCAUCAAAGAUGACGACAGGUACCUGAACAUUCUCGGCAACCCUGGCUCGAACCCCCUCGAGCUCUUCUGGGAUAUCGUCGAUGACAUGGACCAGAAGCUGGACGCCAAGAUUGCGACCGUUGACGCCGCGCUUCGCAAAGCAGCAGAACGCAAGGGCGACAAGGCUGACGGGGCGGACAAGGAGAAGGGAGAGGUUGAGGUGUUCGAAGUGAAACCUGAGACGACGGAAGAGGAGUUCAAAGCCGCUGUGGAGGCUACGGGGGAUCAAGAGGUCAGGAAACUGACCAGCGCGGAUAUCACAGAGAUCUUUCGGACAAAACUUGCGGACGCUCAGAAGAAACAAGACGAAGAGCGCAAGCGAGCAGAGAGGAAGCAGAGGCACAUGCAAGACGAUCUGCGAUAUGCGCUCAAGAAAUUGCCGGAGCCGCUGGACGUAAAUAUGUCCUACGAAGACGCUAUCCCAUUGAUGCAAGAUCUUCCCGAGUUCAAGGCGCUAGAGGACGAUGGCAGGCGAGCUGCUUUCGCCAAGUUCAUCAAGAGGCAGAAGGAGCGGCUGCGCGAAGCGUCCGAUGACGGCGGUUCUACCACGAGUCGUAAGCGUAAGGAGCCCCAUCGUGAAAAGGACGACUACCGCUCGGAACGGGAUCACCACCGCCACAGUUAUCAUGACGAUUACGACCGCCACCGAACCUCUACCAGCCGAGACUACUACAAGGAUCGGGAAUAUUCUCGUGGCGAUCGGGACCACCGCGAAAAGGAUUACAAGGACUACAGAGAUUAUGCGCGGGACAGUAAGGACUACUACAAGAGCUCGAGGAGCAAGUAUGAGAGCGAACGCGAAGAGAGAGACAGAGAUCGGAGACGAGACAAGGAUAGGGACAGGAGGAGCGAUGAUCCGUACGUCCGUGAGAGAGACAACCCGAAGCCGACAAGCGAACAUGGACGAGAAGAGAGGGAAAGGAGCGUAAGCCUCGGGUACAGGGACCGCGAGGGGUCGACUAAACGUGACUACGACGAUCGUCAUGAUGACCGUGUCGAUAAGGUACGCGAGCUAUUCUCGGACAGACCCUGCAUAGCGAGCGAGAUAUGACAAGUCGUCUCCUAUCCCUGAAACGAAUGGGAAGACUUCGCAGCCCGCUCGUGAGGAGACACCCGAAGAGGGGGAAAUCUAGCCGGGGCGUCUCAUUACUAUGCGUUGCCGUACCUGUUCAAUUUCCCUGCCAGGAUCUGCUUGGGCAUUUGACUGCCAGAUUUGAAGCAACUCUACCGUGCUACUGUAUCAUUGCGAUCAAAAUACCAUGCCAGAUUCGUGUUCGUGCAAGAUGAGUUCGGGACCGAACAUACCCCACAUGAG